CUACCUAUCGGGCAACAAGAUUCCGCGCUCGCCGGGCCCAUCGCAGCGCAGUUGGCAGUUUGCCAAUGCAUGUUUCACAAAGGAAGCGCGAUCGCUGGCAGCCAGGCGCCUCCAAGCAGCAUCUCUAAGUGCAUAGUUGACGCAUACACCCAAAGCCAUCACCAGCGCAUCCAUAGCGGCCUGUAUUCGCUGCGUCUGGCACCUUACAGUUUCAGCCCACGAAAUUUCUCCGCCAACCAUCGCUCGAACCCUGCCAGCGCGCCUAGACAGUCCAUAGCACGCUCGCAUCAGAUAGCGGGCUCCCGCGAGGGAGCCUGCUGCUCAGAGUCAGCAUUUGGACAAUCGCUCUCCCCGCUGAUUAAUGCGUGCCUCCACUGGUAGAUAAAAUUGAACGGGGAAAAAUAGCCAAUCCGCGCCAUGGAUUCUGCAACUCAGCACCGGCAGCGGGCACGCGAUGCCUUGUCGAACCUAGGUUUUGAUGCGGAGGCGGUCAGCAGCUUUGACGAUAAGACACUCGACAGGCUCGUCAGCGCCAACUUCGACUUGCCAGGGCGCCUUCGGGCGGCCACCUGCGACGGCCUCGAGAAAGCUGGACUGGCGCCAGGUGACGUGUGCUUCAUUAUGUCCAAGCUGCAAGGUGCGUGGAUAUUUUAUUUCCGGUAGCCUGUCCCCUAGAGCGCAUCAGGGUGAUCCUAAGCAAGGCGGGGCCGGAGGCUGGUUGGGGCCUGGAGUGAGUCAGGUUGGGCGCCGGGAGAGUCUGUGGUGGGCCGGGGUGUUCCGCCACACGGGGGACACGCCCGGUUCCGGGCGGGGUCGAAACCCAGGAUUGGGCGUUCUUAUUCAUACAAGCACCAUUUACAAUUCUAUAAAGCACGUUACCCUCGGUAUGUGA